UCUGUGUGGUGUGAAACACAGUCAGUCAGAUUAGGGGGACUUGAACUUGUAACCGGAAAAGCUUUGUUUAAUUAAUUACCUUUACGGCGACAAAGGGCAGUUGUGGUAGAGGACGUUGAAAUGUUCUACGCAGUACAUGGAAGCGACACCUGCGUAAGGAAACUAGCCCACUGAGGCUUCACCAAAUACAUAAAGAAGAAUAGGAAUGAUACUGAACUAGACUACUACUUCUGAACAUCAGGAGCAGAUAAUCUCAAAGUCAUUAUUUCUGUGUUCUUUAUUAACACCAUACAAUCGUCAGUCACCCCUUCAGAAAGCCAGCAUCAUACUAAAGAAUUCAAUCAUCAAGCUCGUGAUAACCAUGCAGGUAUCAGAUGGUUUGCGGAGGUACCUGCAAGACCUCAAGAAUGCCAAGCUGAUAGUCAUCAAAGUUAUCUACUUCUUCUUCCUCGCUGCCAUGGUGCUGCCGUGGCCCCAUUUUACCAUUCACCAACGAGAGCUGGGAAUCAGCACGUACUACACAGGGGUCAUUGGUACAGCUCUGUCGGUGGUGUCCAUCUUCUUGCCCUUCUGGGCCACCCUCCUCGGUGACAAGAUUGGCAAUUUCAAGGUACCGAUGAGCAUCACAACGGCCCUGGCUGGUGUCAACAUUCUGCUGUUCACGGUUGUGCCCCUGGCCCACCCUACUACCACCACCACUGGGCAUAACAUAACUGCUACAGGAUAUAACAUCAGUGCCACUGUAGCCACCACUGAACAUAACCUGACCAUCAACUCCUCAAUGUUAAUGCCCAUCAUGGAACCAGACCCAGAAAGGUUGAACAUAACCUUUUGGAGUUACCUUAUUCUCAGGACGUCUUAUGGAGCGCUGACAGGAAUAGGCUUCACACUGUACGAUGGCGCUGUGAUGGCUUACGUGCAAAAUCAAGGUGUGGACUAUGGUUUUCAGCGGGCCUGGGGCACCCUGGCUGCCCUCUGUUUCUCCUAUGCGGGCGGCCUGAUCGUAGAACACACAGGACACUUCUACAUCCUCUUCUAUGUGUGUGGGGGCCUGCAUGUCACCACUGCUGCCUUCAUGAUGCUUCUUGAAUUGAACUUCAAACUACCAACACAAUCCCUAACCAAGGAAAUCAUCAGCCAUCUCUACAAUCCAAAAGUUGUAAUAUUUCUUUGUGCAAUGUUGUUAGCAGGAGUAGUCAUGGGUUACCUAGAGACGUUUAUAUAUCGUUACCUGGGCAGUCUUGGAGGUUCUCCAUUACUUCUCAGCUUGACAGUGGCAGUCGUGGCACCCUUGAACUUUUUCCUGACCCUGGCCAGCUCCUUCCUGGUGAACCUGCUGGGACAUGCAGCUCUCAUUUCACUGGGCCUUUUUGUAAUCUCCUUUAGGAUGUUUGUGUAUAGCAUGCUGGUUAACCCUUGGUGGGCGCUGCCUCUAGAGAUGCUAGAUGCGCUGUGCUCUGGACUCCUCACUAACGUGGCCAUUAUGUACUGUACCGUACUCUUCUCCUCCAAGUCCAUCACAUCCUCUAGAGGAAUCAUUAGUGCCUUAAAUUUUGGUCUUGGUCAGCUUCUGGGGAAUCUUGUCGGCACAGAGAUCAGAGAGGUGAUGGGAGAUCGAGCUACCUUGCAGGUGUUUGGGGGCGCAGCAUUCGUGUCUGCUGUUCUCUAUGGUGCUGCCUAUCUCUUUAUUACCAGGCAGUCACUCUUCACCCACUCGUCUACACAGGGUUCCAACAGCCCCACUGAGACAACAAAUAAUCACGGUACUGACAAUAAAUCUUUUGAGGACACUAUAGAAAUGGAACCCUCUGACUCAGGAACAACUGAAAAUACCCGGGAAGUGUUGUGACUCAGGAACUAUAUGAGAUGGAGAGUUGUGAUAAAGCAAUUAUUACAAAUGGAGAGUUGUGAUCCAAGAACCACAGAAUAGAGCAAAGUGAUCUUAGAAUCAUUGAAAACAGUGCUAUCAUUCAGGAGCCAUAGAAAUGUAGUGUUAGGAUCCAAGUACAGUAAGUAUUACAUAAAAUAGUGAGGCAGACAAUGAGGAAAGUAAAAAUAUGGAAUUUAAAGGAGAUAAUUAAUUCAGCCAGAUGCUGUAUGGUACACAUUUUAUUGAUCUAUCGUAUACAUAUGACAUACACAUGAAAUUGUUUUGUAAUUAAACUUCAUUGCAGCAUUAUACUGUACAUAUUAAAAGGAUGAAAAUGUCUUUUAUUAUGGGUAAGUAUGCUUGUGCCUCCAUGAGAUUGAUCCAAUUAAAACAAACAACUGAAGUCAGUCUGAUUUUAGCUGGAACAUACCAAUGAACAUUUUAUACGCUGGACUGUUUCUGCUAAAAUCAAUGUUCAGUUAUUGAAAGAUGGUUUGGUUUAAUUCGUCACACUGUGUGAUGUAGAUCGAAGCAGUGGUGUACUUAUUGCAAGUGUAUGGGACAUCUUUACUAUUGUAAUUUGUAGUAGCUUCUGAGAAAUUUGGUUUGGCUGAAAAAUUUGACUUCUUAAAAAACUUCCUUGUUGUAGUUUUGUCUGUGAUAUGGAAUUUACUGGUGCAGUACAAGUAAUUCCAACCAUUUUAUCAUCCUAUUCCAUGUCUUUUAUAAUUCCUAUAAAACAUAAAAACAUUCUAUUUUAAGUACUAUACAGUAUGUAGUACAGUAUACAAGAAGUACAGUAGUAGUACAGUACUUCUACUAAUGAUAACAAGAGGUUAAAUAUUGUUACCCAAGACAAUCAGAAGUACCUGUAGGGUGUUAUUGUUAGUUAUAAUUAUGCAAGUUGUAGACUUAAUUAUGUUAAUUGUUGUUGAUGGAGUCUAUUGCCAUUGUUGUACAAAUCUUAAAUCUAGUGUUGUUAGGAGUACAUACUGGAAUUAUUGUAGGGCAUCCUUGUUCUUAGCAGUAGUUUAUAGACUUAAAAUAAUGUAGCAACCUUAACCGUCCUGCUGUGUGUGAUAGCUGGGGAUGUUGGGAAGAUUAUAUAGAGUGAAUAUUUUUUUUGUAGUUACCAGAGUGAUAGCUUGCUAUUUUUUCAUAAUUUUCACCACUUAUCAGCUUAUUAGCUGUUCGGGCAGUUGGUCUAUCCAGAGUUAGUACAGAAGAAACCUAAAGUCCCAGAAGCCUGUGAUGUUUGGUAGUGAGCGUCACACUGGAUAGCACCCUUCUUGUGCGUUUCCGAGCCAAGCAGGACUCAAACCCUUGACACAGUGGUGAGAAAUAUGCAUGUUACCACUGUACCACCAACAGUAGUAGUUAAGAAAUACCACACUAUAGUAUUUCCACGCUAAACAGUCCCAUAACCCACACCCCUCUUCUACAGUAUACGAAUAGCUGAUUGGUUCA